AUGUUUUCUUUUCUCGUUCACAUUUCUUCGUUAAGUUUGUUGAUAUUAAUCUUUGCAGAAGAGCUAACGAAUCAGACGUGUUUAUUACCAUUUGUGAUUAGACCUUGCGUCAACGAUGGACGAAAUCUAUGGUGUACAUUUAGUUUAGAUUCAUUUGAACGGAGAAAUACAUGCGAUGUCCUAUCAGUCGCAUUGAUUUUCACGACAUUUCAUGUCGAAUUGUUUAUUAUUCCACAAUAUUAUCAGCAGUUAGCAUUAAGCAAAGAAAAUUUCAUAAAAAAACUAAUCAUUGAAUCAACCAUCAUCAAUGGAACGUAUAAAUAUCUCCAUUGGCUUCUCAUUCCAGUUCUAUCACUUGAAAUCUCGACUAAUACGCCUAAUUUUGAAAUCAUUCAUGAAAUAGAUGAUAUAACCAUUACGCAUAGCAUCAAUGCAUUAAAUAAAUCAUAUUGGCAUCUAAAUCUUUGGCCAAUCCAACGUAGUGUCUGUUACCAAACACAUCUUAAUUCAACUAACCUUCGAACAAACAAAUAUGAUUGCCCAAAACCACGUGUAUAUCAUCAUCUUCUAUGUGGUUACACAUAUGUCUGUCUUAACGGACAUCCAUGUUAUUACACAGGUUACCAGCGACUUGUUUGUCAAAUAAAGGUUUUACACUUCCAAAUGCGAUUCAACACAUUGGAUAAUUCUACCCAGUAUGAAACGAUUUAUAUCGACGUUAGCAAUAUGCACCCGUAUAUAUUACAUAAGGUUCAUGAGGAUAGUUUUAUUUUAAAUAAAAACUCGGUGAUGUCCAAGUAUAUCGCAAAACAGAUUGUCAUAGUCAUCCAUGCUGGAAUUAUUCAGAUAUUUGCGAAAUUACUUGAGACGUCUCGACAACUUCAGAUUCGAAUCGAACAUGACUCGUGUGCGACGAAAAAUGUAAUCAUCGAUAUUUUAGAGAAUGAAGAUAACUACUUUCAGAACAAUUUAUUCGAUUACAAAACUACGUCGACAGGAGCACAUGGAUGUCACAUCAAUGAAAACAUUAAUCAAACAAGGCACCUGUUUCGACCAACCAUUCAAUUACGAAAUCCCACGCUGGUUCAUGCUGGACAACCGGCUACUCUCAUCUGUAUAGUAUCUGGUCUUCUACCUUUCACGAUAGAAUGGUUUCGAGAUGAUACUUCCGUCGAACCAAAGAAAACUAUGGAUAUUUAUACUUUUCCUAGUGUCCAUGAUAUGUUGUUCAUGGAAUUAUACAUAAGGAACGUUAGUAUUCAAGAUCAUACUGUGAAAUAUCGUGUUGAGGUAACAAACAGAGUUACAGAUAUCUCGAAUAUUGUCACUCCGAUGCAAAAUCUAACGGUAAAACAAGGAACAAAUGUGACAUUGGAAGCGAGGAUUGAUGGAAAUCCUGUCUCAGAUGUUUACAUUCACUGGUUGAAUUUUUCCCAACGCUUGUAUCCAUCUCAUAAUGAACAGAUUUUGUAUCAAUAUGGUUUGUUGAAUGUUCAAUUGAAUCAAAGUACUUCCUAUACGUUCGUGGCGGUAUCAAAAUUUCACCAACAAAAUGUCUCCCGGACGAUUUUCUUGACAGUUUUUGAUGAGUUGUAUUUUCUUAUUUCUCUGAGUAACAUAAGUGUAGAAGAACAUGAAGAUCUGAAUUUGACUGUGCCAUUUUCUCAUCCGAUCAUCAGAGCGCAAUGGUUUGUGAAUGACAAAUUCAUAGAAGGUACUUCGAUAAAAUAUACUCAAUACAUCGAAGAAAACCAAGUCUCGCUCGUAAUCAAUAAUAUUUCAUUAGAGUACGACGGAGAAUAUAAAGUCCAAGUGUGGGAUGUUUUAAAUCAAACAAAUGAUUCUGUCUUCUAUAUUCGUAUUUAUUUCAUAGCUACAUUUAUUAUCGAUUGUAACAAUCAGAUGGAUCUGAAGAUUUAUUCCGUAUCUCUCACAUGUAUAUUUCAAGCAAAAUCUCCACAAAUUCAAUGGUUUGAUCCAGCUAAUCAAACAAUACUCAAUCACUUAGACUAUGAAUCUAUCGAUGAAAGUAAUUAUAUUCAUGAAGCCAAAUUGGUUUUUACUAAACUUGUGCAUGAACAAUUUGGUAUCUACACAUUUCAAGUUCAUAGUAUUCGUGGUGAUAUUGUUACCCGUCAAGUUAAUUUGAAUGUGACAGCACUUCCCAUAAUCAAUUCUUCAAAUUUUCAUUUGGGAAAAGCAUAUGCUCAUCAAGAUGAUUCAUUUUCAUUUAUUCUUCAUUUUAAUGGUAUACCAUGGCCGAAUAUUACUUUAUUUUUCGAUAAUAAAACAUUAAUACAAUAUUCAAACCCUGGCGAUUCACCUAUUUCUCUAUUUUUGACCAAUUUAACAACGAAAAACGAAGGAAUAUAUUUUGUUCGUGUGAUGAACAGUGCGGGUUUUGUCGAAACUAAUCGAACCGAACUUUGUCUUUUUCGAGCACCAUCAUUUAUUUCUCCAAAUCAAUCGAUUUCAUCAAUUAUCUAUGUUAAACCACAUCAAACCAUCAAUCUCAUUUUACCUAUAAUCAAAACCAACAGUCCGGACCCGCUCACACUUCUUUGGUUCGUUCGAAAUCAAACAAUCAAACAAACCUUCCAUACAAACUUAUUACAAUCAAACUUAACGCUUCCUCCUUCUCUACAAGCAGAAUACAUCACUUGUCUUGUUGAGAGUCAUUAUGGAGAGCUUGUCUAUCACUUCAAACUUCAUUACAUUCAAGCACCAGUUUUUAUCCUCGCCCUUCACAAACGAUUUUACGUUGAUAUAGGUACAAAUGUCACAUUAAUCAUCAUUAUUGCUGCUAAUCCAAUUCCAACAAUACAAUGGUUACAUAAUAAUUGUCUACUUGAUGACAAACAAUAUCAAGAUCACAUUUCACAUGGUUACGGACUUUACUCCUUAAUCAUAAGAAAUAUGACACUGACAGAUAUUGGUAAUUACACUGUAAUAGUUUCUAAUUCGGAAAAUGUCAUAUCAAGUUCCACAGAAAUUCUACUAAAAUCAAUUACAUUGGACGGUCAAUUGAUAACUUCAUCAACGGCAGUGAUAAAGUAA